CAUGAGAUUAUAGGGAUGGAACAUCUACCAGAAGGACCAGCAAUUAUUGUUUUCUAUCAUGGAACUUUCGACAUAGACUAUGUAUUAUUAUUCUGUAAACUGUAUGUACAGAAAGGGAAAAAAUGUAUUACAGUAACUUUGAAGAAUUUGUUCAGCAUACCAGGAUUGAAGCCUCUUUUUCAACUGGUUGGUUGCAUACCUGGUAGCAAAGCUGAAUGUGUAGAAAUGCUGAAGAAAGGCCAUUUACUUGGGAUUGCACCUGGUGGAGAAAGAGAAGCAUUCUUCAGUGAUGAGCAUUAUAAUCUCCUCUGGGGUAAACGCACAGGUUUUGCUCAAGUUGCUUUGGAAGCCAAAGUGCCCAUUAUCCCCAUGUUUACACAAAAUAUUCAAGAAGUAUGCAGAGGAUUUGGAAGAAUACAACUGAUGAGAUGGCUAUAUGAAAAAACCCGAUGUAUACCUAUUCCAAUCUAUGGAGGUUUUCCUGUUAAAUUACGCACAUAUCUAGGAGAACCCAUCCCAUAUGAUCCAAAUAUUACUGCUGUGGAACUUGCUGAAAAAACAAAGAUUGCAGUCGAAAAUCUUCGUGAUCGAUACCAAAAAAAACCAGGAAAUAUCUUAAGAGCUCUAUCAGAACGAUUUGAAAAACAUCAUAAGGAUGACUAG